CUACUACCAGUUUCGCUGAAAUCGACUGAGACUUCGGUGAUGUAGUUGUCUUAUAAAUGAUCAGAGUGUUGCUGAACUAAGGCUGGUCGUGAUUCGGAUUGUUUAUAAUGAGUUAUGCGCCCAGGAAUAAAUUCGAGUUAACAAAGGCCUUUGCAGAAGAUGAAGCCCUCAUUAACAAGAAACUCCCAAAGGAACUGCAUCUGCGUAUAUUUUCUUACUUGGAUGUCAUAUCCUUGUGUCGCUGUGCUCAAGUAUCAAAGGCCUGGAAUGUCUUAGCACUGGAUGGUUCAAACUGGCAGAGAAUUGAUUUAUUUCAUUUCCAAAAAGAUGUAGAGGGUCCAAUUAUUGAAAACAUAUCCAGAAGAUGUGGUGGAUUCUUGAGGCAGCUUUCCUUGAGGGGAUGCCAGUCCAUAUUGGACACAUCAAUUAAGACAUUGGCUCUGCUAUGUCCAAACAUUGAGGAUUUGAAUUUGAAUGAUUGUAAGAAAUUGACAGACACCACCUGCCAUGCAUUAUCAAGGCACUGCUCCAAGCUGCAGAAGCUGAAUUUAGAUGGUGUUGCUGGGAUAACGGAUUUAUCUCUAAAGAAUUUAAGUGAAGGUUGCCCACAGCUGACAUUCAUCAACAUAAGUUGGUGUAGUAACAUUACAGAAAAUGGGGUUGAGGCUCUGGCAAGGAGCUGCCCAAAGCUGAAGAACUUCAUUAGCAAAGGUUGCAAACAGGUCACUUCAAAAGCAGUGGGCUGUCUGGCCAAGUACUGUCCUCAAUUAGAAGUUGUAAAUUUGAAAGGAUGCUGUAACGUAAGGGACGAUGCGGUGCAACGGCUGGCGGAAAAAUGCAGGAAACUGCAUUAUUUAUGUCUAUCCGAUUGUUCUCAAUUAACAGAUGCUUCGUUGAUUGCGAUUGCCCAUCAAUGCCGGUUCCUGUCCACCCUGGAGGUGGCUAGCUGCUCUCAAUUUACCGACACAGGAUUUCAAGCUUUGGCCAAAAGCUGUUGUUAUCUCGAAAAAAUGGAUCUGGACGAAUGCAUUUUAAUUACUGAUACUACUCUGAUGCAAUUGGCCACCGGCUGCCCGAGGAUAGAAUAUUUGACAUUGUCGCACUGCGAAUUGAUAACGGACGAAGGAAUUCGUCAUUUGUCGAUGUCACCAUGCGCCGCCGAAAAUUUAACAGUGCUCGAACUGGACAAUUGUCCGUUGAUCACGGAUGCCUCAUUGGAACACCUAACAUCAUGUCACAAUUUGCAAAGAGUCGAGCUUUACGAUUGCCAAUUGAUCACCAGGAUGGGAAUCAAGAGAUUGAGGAACCAUCUUCCUAACAUCAAAGUGCAUGCUUACUUUGCACCCGUCACACCUCCACCAUCAGCGGGAGGCUCAAGACAGAAGUACUGCAGGUGCUGUGUGAUUAUAUGAGAGGACGGGCCUCAGGAUCCCCCAUUACCACCGUAAAUACUAUGUGUUCAGCACGCUUAAGGCAAACACACCGUACCAUAAUAUAUAUUUAAAGAAAAAAAAGAAAUGAUAUAAAACUGCUAACGUUUUAGUUUCUAUUUUAAAAUUUAAGUACUUAAAUGAUAAGUAAUGAAUAGCAGACGAUUGUUGUUACGAGUUCAUCUGAUUUUUAAUAUUUUUUUGGGGUGUUUGGGCGACAAUAGGAAUCUUAAAAUCGUGCUCAAUAGAAUACUUAGUAGUACUUUUAAUUUUAUUUUGCUACGUUCCAGUACGAAAAAGAAUUCUUAGGUGAAAUGGGGCCAGUCUCGAGGCUCGAAUACCAUUCUCUAGAUGUGUUAAACUUAAAUUGCAAAUGAAUUGGAUGGAUGAGACAUUAGCGUUUUGUAGAUGUAUGCGGCAAAGGUAUUUGCAAUCCGGAAUUGAUCCCUGAGCGUUGUUUUAUUUCCUUUCGAAAAUAACUUUGCCGCAUUCGGUCCGAGUCUUCACGUAGAUUCCAUUCGCGAUUUGAAGAUAAACAUAAAAAACAACUUUGUAAUAAUAUCGUAGUGCAUGACAUUGUAAGUCUUUAACUGUUUUACAAUCUACAAACAUUUUAAACCCUGUUAUAAUAUGCGUAUAUAAUAUUUUACAUUGAACAUAAAAUAAGAUGAUGGAAGGAAUGAUCAAACCGAUGUUAUCGAAUGGCAGGUCAUUUGCCAACACUUGGUUCUCUCUCAUCGCUCCACAGUGCCAUUUAAUGUCUUUACGUGCGUUUUGUUUGGUAAAAUGUGUGAUAAUAAUGUUUUUUUUUUAAUUUGGAAAAACGAUGAGUUCGAACGAAAAAUAAAUUUUUAUUAAUUAAAAUAAACAUACACAAAACUUGAUGAGAAAAUUUAUAGAAUAGGUGAUAGCUUUAUGAAAUAGAAGUCUAGACCAAAAAAAAAAAGAAAUUUAAGUAAAACAAAAUUGACAGUUUCGAUUAAAUCCCUUUUAAUUUGAUUUCCAUUGUUACACCUCAAUGCCUGUGAUACAAAAGUGAAAAAAAAAAUAAAUAAAUAAAAUACAAAAAAAAGAGAAAAGAUGAUAUACAUUUUAUGACAAGUUAGUUCCAUUGGGACUGCCCGGACGAGAUUGCUCUGGAAAUUAGAGGAAAGAUCACCAUCGAGGAUUCAAUGGAGAGUUUUUAAGAGAGAGUUAUGCUGGACAAUCAACAAGAUUUACUUCUUUCCAGAGCGACCCGUCCCCCAAGGAAAACUAUUCCUUUCACAUUCGAACGGAUAUUGCGCGCUCAUGGCAUACGCAAAAUAAAAAAGGAAACGAAAAAAAAAAGAGAUUAAUAAUAUAUUU